UUCUCUUCACUUUCAGCAAGCAAGGUUAUGUCAUCUGCAUAACACAGGUUGUUAAUGAGUUUUCCUCCAAUCCUGAUGCCCCAUUCUUCUUCAUAUAGUCCAUGAAUUGUAUAACAUGAAUAUUAUUAUUCUGAUUUUUCAAAGGAGAAAAAAAAAUGCUCAGAAGGUGAACUUCAGACAAGUUCUACAAUUUCGAAAGUGAAGUAAUGUUGACAGAUUAUAUUUCUGUCUGAUUCUGUAGUUCUUGUUCUUUGAGUUUCCUAAUUUUGUUCAUUCCAUAUUGAUCAGUGACUUACAGAAUUCACUAGAACCAUGUGCUUUAUAAGGCAUUGGGUAGACAUUCACCAUAUUAAUGAACCGGUGUUCUUUUUUGUGGUUCUAGAUAACGGACUUAUUAAUGAUGGCGUGGGAGAAUCAGACCUUCGACUCAGAAUUCAUCCUUCUAGGAAUCUUUGAUCAUAGCCCUACCCACAUCUUCCUCUUCUCUCUGAUCCUGGGCAUCUUCACAGUGGCCCUAAUGGGAAAUACUACCAUGAUUUUUCUCAUAUACCUAGACACCCAGCUCCACACCCCCAUGUACUUUCUCCUCAGUCAGCUGUCCCUCAUGGACCUCAUGCUGAUCUGCACCACGGUACCCAAGAUGGCCUUCAAUUACUUGUCUGGCAGAACAGCCAUUUCUGUGACAGGCUGUGCCACACAAAUUUUUUUCUAUGCAUCACUGCUUAGCUGUGAGUGCUACCUGUUGACUGUAAUGGCCUAUGACCGCUAUGUUGCCGUUUGCCAUCCUCUAAGAUACCCCAGUCUCAUGAGCCUUAGAAUUUGUGGACUUAUGGUUGCCUUCUCCUGGAUUCUGGGAUCUUCCGAUGGUGUCAUUGAUGCCGCAGCAACAUUUUCUUUCUCCUAUUGUGGGUCCCGGGAAAUAGCUCACUUCUUUUGUAAUUUUCCUUCUUUGCUAAGCCAUGCAUGCAAUGACACAUCAACAUUUGAAAUGGUUCUCUUUAUCUGCUGUAUAGUAAUGAUUGUUAUCCCUGUAGUAAUCAUCAUUGUUUCCUAUACUAGAGUCCUUCUGGCUGUCAUUCGCAUGGGAUCUGGGGAGGGUCGCCACAAAGCUUUCACCACCUGUUCUUCCCACCUCAUGGUGGUUGGAAUGUACUACGGAACAGCCUUGUUUGUAUACAUCCGGCCCACUUCUGAUCGUUCCCCCACCCAGGACAAGAUGGCGUCCAUCUUCUACACCAUCCUUACUCCCAUGCUUAAUCCCUUCAUCUACAGCCUCCGCAACAAAGAAGCGACCAGAGCAUUCAUGAAGGUAUGUCUGGAGAGUAAAUUCUGUAAUUGUCUUUAUUCUUUGUUUUCUGCUAAGUACUUCUCUUCCAAAAAAUCAGGUAAUGAAAACUCUAUGGAACACAGUUUUACUCUGACACACAUGGGAUCGCCAUGA